AGGGAGAGGAGGAGACGAAAAUAUGGCGGCAUUGAGCGCGGGUCGGUCCGUCGUCAGCUGCUGCUUUCGAAAGUUACGAGUUUUGGAUGUGUGCUGCAAAAACUCUCGAUCGCGGCUUGACGUGAACGACCUGACGACUUUGUCGUUAAAAUGCCUGUCUUCGACACGGGGAGCAGAAAAGGAGUAUGAUGUUGCGAUUGUCGGCGGAGGAAUUGUGGGUGUAGCGACGGCCCGGGAACUCAUCCGACGCCACCCCAAGCUAAAGUUUGCCAUCAUCGAGAAGGAGAACAAGCUAGCUGCACAUCAGAGCGGCCACAACAGCGGAGUGAUUCAUGCUGGCAUCUACUACACUCCUGGAUCACUCAAGGCAAAAUUGUGCGUGAGAGGCCUAGAACUUUCCUACAAGUACUUCGACGAACAUGGCGUUCCUUACAAAAAGUGUGGCAAGCUGAUUGUUGCGGUAACACCUGAAGAAAUACCACGAUUGGAUGCGCUCGAAGAGAAGGGCAUCAAGAAUGGAGUCAAGGACCUGCAAAGGCUAGACGCAGAAGGCAUCAAGAAGGUAGAACCAAACUGCACGGGACUUCAGGCUUUGUGGUCUCCGCACACCGGGAUAGUGGACUGGGGUGAAGUGACGCAGUCCUAUGGAAGGGACUUCGUCAAGCAGGGUGGCGACGUCCUACUCAACUUCCCCGUCAAGAGCCUGGAAGUUGCUGCGGAAAGUCAGCGGUCUCCUGGCACUGGAGAAGGGAGCAUCACCCAUCCAGUCAGGAUUGUCGGCAGCACGGAGGCAGUUCGGUGCCGCUACGUGGUGACAUGUGCUGGCCUCUACUCCGACAAGCUGGCAACACUUUCUGGCUGCAACCCGGAACCCAAGAUCCUUCCAUUCCGUGGCGAGUAUCUGCUCCUCAGACCCGAAAAGAGCAACUUGGUGCGGGGAAACAUCUACCCGGUUCCUGAUCCUCGCUUCCCAUUUCUGGGCGUUCAUUACACUCCACGAAUGGACGGGAAUGUGCUACUGGGUCCCAAUGCUGUCCUCGCAUUUCGGAGGGAAGGAUACGGAUACUUCGACAUCAAUUUGCCCGAAUUGUUUGAUGCGUUGAGAUUCAGGGGCUUUCAGAAGUUAAUGGGAAAGCACCUGGCCUAUGCCAGCCAAGAACUCUACCGUGGAGUCUACAUCAGAGCGCAGGUGAAGCAGCUGCAGAGGUACAUCCCACAACUGCGUUUCUCGGAUGUCACCAGGGGACCUACUGGAGUUCGGGCUCAGGCACUGGAUCGCGAUGGAAAUUUAGUGGACGACUUCGUCUUUGACAGCGGAGAAGGAGAACUGGGUCAACGAACCCUUCACGUCCGUAAUGCGCCCUCUCCUGCUGCCACUUCAUCUCUCGCCAUCGCAGAGAUGGUUGCGGACAAAGUGGAAAGCACAUUCCAGUUGUGAUUGAUUUUCUAUUAGAAUUUCUUAGUCAAGAUAAUGGUUGUGGUUUCCUAUUAGAAUUUCCUAGUCAAGAUAAUGGUUGUGGUUUCCUAUUAGAAUUUCCUAGUCAAGAUAGUGGUGGUGGUGUUAGUUGAUCCAUUACAUAGGUUUGUGAAUAACACAUUCUUUGCACAAUUGGUGCAUUCUUGUGUAGCUAUACUCAGCGUCGACCAUUUUGUGCUAAGCACUCUCGAACAAGACGCAAGACAAGGCCAUGUGCUCAGUGCAGGGCAGUUCUGUAGAAGCGACACUAGCCUCAACAAUGUAGCAAAAAAAUUGCUGACACUGAGUAUAAUAACUAUAAAGUACAAAGUAAGGGCCCACCCAAAAUCGGGAGGUAAUCUUGAACAACCAGGGGAUGGGCGCUUGUGCGGUCCAAGAGCCAAAGUGCAGAAGGGGCAUUGACAGGGUGAGCUUCACCACCCUGCAACACGAGGAGGUUCAUUUAGGUCAGCAAGGUAGGCUCCAAAGUCUAGGGGAGGCACUUGGUAUAUCCUUUGCUUAGCUAUCAUACAUUUCAAAGGUAACAGGUGGGUGCUUAAUGUGACUUGGGUCCUUUCUUGGUAGUUUGUGAUAGUCUGUUACAGGUUCAGAUUAGUAGGAUGAGUUCCUCUCGCAGGUCCCUCCACACCUUCCACUUUAGCAGGGCGAACCAGCAGCUCUUAGAUUACGAGGAUGGAGUUUCUAUGUCGCCUACCGGAACCCAGAGCAGGACACCAAUUGUACACAAGUUCUGUGUCAGUGUUUGGUUGGGGCUUGUGUUUUUGUUGGAUUGCUUCUUUUUACCAUUCGUAUGUUGCAACAUACUCUCGUGAUGAUCAUUACUCUGUCGUCGUUUGUGAAAGCUAAUUUGAGGCUCCUGUUGUUCUUCGGUUGAUGGGAACAGAUUGAAUCAGUAGAUAGUGAGGCUUCCAGUGUACAUAGUUGUUGAUGAAGUGAAUAUCUCAGUGUGCCUUAUUACGUUACAGUGUCAACAACCUUGUGUCGCGCCAUCAAGGAGGGGCUUGAAAGUUGGGGAGAGGGAAAUGGAGAGAGAAUAAGAGAGUGUAGAAUUCUUGUUUCUGACGGGAGUAGACCUUUAGUUAAACCGUCUGACUACCUCUGAUUUCUUAAAUGGCAAAGCUAGGGAAACCUUUACUUUUCCCUGGCUCUAUUUUAUGUGAUUUAUCUUUCAUUCUUUGAACUGUUUAGGGCUCGUGUCAUGAACGAAUUUGGAAAUCCUGGCCAAAAAACUUUUUUUGAGGUCAUUCCAGUUGAAAGACGUGGGUGUUCGCAUAUGUAAAGAUAAACGAAGGCAUGGGCUGUUUGAAUGGGUGGGGUUCUUCUAUUGUACUGAUGCCUGGGAUGAUUGCUUUUGAUUUAUUUCUACAUUGAGUGCAAGCAUUUUGCUGCUUUAUCAGCUCAUUUGUGUGUGCGGCAUGUUUUAUAUGAAAUCCGGAUUCUUUGCAGCGAACAAAGAAGGGUGUGCAAUAAAUGCUAGUCACUGAUUCACGUGAUAUUCUUUUGUCCACGUGAUGUUGCAUUUUGUUUUGUUCUUAGCUCCAGUGGUAGAUCAUUUCUGUCUUGGCUAAAAAUUCUGCUAUUAGAAUGAUGCACAUGCAUUCAUGAAAUAACCCUUUGAGGAAACGAACGCCUCAACUCAAUAACUAACAUUCUCUCUUUUUUUUUCUUUUACAAGUGAUUUGAAUUUAGUCAGAAUAACAUCACAAAAAUUGUGACGCAAUACACGUGCACUCUAUGCAGUGAUAAAAGUGCCACGCCAUUGGUGCCAAAUUGCGUCAUGAAUGAAAUUUUGCUACAUCUUGCACCAAAAUCGCAUUUUUGCUAAGAAUUGCGCCAUACCUGCGAUGAGAUAGUAACAAAGCGAAAAAUUAAAACAUUUCAAUAUUCGUCAAUUUUGAUAUUCAUACAAGUAGUAGAAAAUAAAAAUGGUUCAAAUAUGUA